AUGCCUGCCGCCCACACCAACGGGUACAAGAGACCCAUCAUCAUUGGUAACGUUGCAGGGGGGUUUGAGGAUGCUCCAAAUGCCUUGUACCGGACCGCGACCGAAGGCCAUGUGGAUGCCCUUACGGGAGACUGGCUCGCCGAAUUGAACAUCGCCUGGCAGGCCAUUGUCAAGCAUGACAACCCUAAGCUGGGCUACGAGCCCGGGUUCCUCGAUCAAUUGGACGUGGCCAUCGAUGUCAUCGCCGAGAAGAAAAUAAAGGUCGUCACCACUGCCGGUGCCCUCAAUACGGCCGAAUGUGCUCGACAAGCAAAGAAAAUCUGCGAGAAACACGGUCACAAAGACCUGGUUGUGGCUUAUGUCGAGGGCGACGAUAUCUCCGACAUCGUUACCGACGAAGCCAAACUGAAGGAGUUUGGGGGAAUUCGACAUCUCGACCAUGUCAAUGAGACCCUCGCCGACUGGGAACGCAAGCCUCAUUGUGGAGUGGCUUAUUUCGGUGCAUGGGGCAUUUGCGAAGCAUUGAGGCAGGGCGCCGACAUUGUCAUCUGCGGCAGGGUCACUGAUGCCAGUCCCGUCAUCGGGCUGGCGGCCUGGUGGCAUAACUGGGCCAAAGACGACUGGGACGCACUUGCUGGGGCAUUGGUCGCCGGUCACCUGAUCGAGUGCGGUUGCUAUGCUACUGGUGCCAACUUCAGUGGAUUCAAGCACUACUUGACUCCCGACUUUGUCGAUCUCGGCUUCCCUCUCGCAGAAAUAGCCCACGACGGUACCGCUACCAUCACCAAGCACCCAGGAGCCGCUGGUUUCGUGGACCAAUUCAACGUUCGCGCCCAACUGGUCUACGAGAUCCAGGGCAAUACGUACCUCAACACCGAUGUCUGUGCCGACAUCACCAACGUUGAAAUCCGGAACGAGCCCGGGAAGAAGGAUCGGGUGUUGGUCAGUGGUGCGAAAGGCUCGCCGCCCCCACCGACGACAAAAGCCAUCGUUGCAGCCAUAGGCGGGUGGCUGGCAGAGGCCACCUUCUACAUGAACGGACUGGACAUCGAUGCCAAAGAGAAGUUCAUGCGUCAGCAGCUCAACCACGCUUUCAGGGAUGCCAACUUUCUGCAGCUCAGUGUUGAGAGGUAUGGAACGGCCAAACGAAACCCGUCAAAGCAAGCUGAAGGGACCGUCAUGGUCCGCGUCCUUGCGCAAGCUCGCAACAAGGAAGACAUCGACGUGAAGAUUUUCAAAACUCGCGUGUAUGCUUUGCGAAUGCAAUUCUACCCUGGAUACCAUAUGUCGCUGGACUUCAGAACAAUGUCUCCAAGAAUGUUUAUGGAGCUCUUCCCAGGCUUGAUCUCGGUCACGUCGUUGCCUCACCGUGUCGUGUUCCUGGACCCCCACCUGGUCAUAGAUAUCCCACAUCCGAAGAUCACUCAAGAGCCACCUCUAACGCGGCCAUCGGCCGAUACAAUCAACCCGGUGCCCCUGGAGCAAUUUGGUCCCACGAGGCUCGCGCCCCUAGGGGCUGUCAUGCACGGCCGCAGCGGCGACAAGGGUGACAACAGCAACGUGGGCCUGUUUGUCCGUUCUGCCGAAGAGUUCGAAUGGCUGCGGUCCUUUAUGACCACGGCCCGGUUCGCGGAGGCUCUAGGUGAUGACCUGACCCCCAAGAGCCGUCUGGAAAGAUGCGAGUUCCCGCGCAUCUGGGCCGUGCAUUUCAGGAUACUCGACUUCCUGGGCGGCGGAGGCGCGAGCACCACCAGGAUUGACAGUCUGGGCAAGGGGAUUGCGGAAUACGUGCGCAGUCGAGAGAUGCAAAUCCCGGAGAAGUUUUUGAAGAAUCCCAUCUCAGAAUAUUGA